UAGGUCACGGUACCGGUGCUUUCUUGACUGGGAAUUGGUCAGUGCUGGACGCGACACUCUCUCAGGAAGCGCGUUCCAGCUUCUGUUCUCUUUCUUUCGUCGUGACAAGCGAUUUUCAUUUUCGUUCUGGCCGCUGAGGACGAAGGGGCUUUGACGACCUGCUCAUACGGACAUGGCGACACCUGUAAAGUCGACAAGCAGCUCGAAAUCCCUCCAUGAUUAUCAACUGGGAGAUUCGCUGGGCAAGGGGGCAUUUGGUCAAGUCUACCGUGCACUCAACUGGGCUACUGGGGAAACCGUCGCUGUCAAGGAGAUCCAAUUGAGCAACAUACCGAAGAGUGAACUGGGAGAGAUCAUGUCCGAGAUUGACCUUCUGAAGAACCUCAACCAUCCCAAUAUCGUCAAGUACAAGGGUUUCGUCAAGACGCGGGAGUAUUUGUACAUCAUCCUCGAGUUCUGUGAGAAUGGCUCUCUUCACAACAUUUCCAAACGAUUUGGAAAGUUUCCCGAGAACCUAGUAUCAGUGUACAUCUCUCAAGUGCUGGAAGGCCUUGUCUAUCUCCAUGACCAGGGCGUCAUACACAGAGACAUAAAGGGUGCUAAUAUCCUCACGAACAAAGAUGGGACUGUGAAGCUUGCGGAUUUUGGAGUGGCGAGCACGACCGCCAAUGGCGCGCUGGAUGAUGCCGUCGUAGGGAGUCCUUACUGGAUGGCGCCGGAGGUAAUUGAACAAUCUGGCGCAACAACGGCGUCGGAUAUAUGGUCUGUCGGCUGCCUCGUUAUCGAGCUUCUGGAAGGAAACCCGCCUUAUUAUACGCUUGAGCCAAUGCCCGCAUUAUUUCGCAUCGUCCAAGAUGAUUGCCCUCCUAUACCAGAGGGCGCGUCUCCCAUCGUCAAAGACUUUCUAUAUCACUGCUUCCAGAAGGACUGCAACUUACGAAUAUCCGCCAAGAAGCUUCUCAAGCACCCGUGGAUGGUCUCGACGCGUAAACAAAUGUCCAACGGUGAGACGGCGACAAGAGCGGCGGAUCGAAGACCGUUAAGCAACUACAACUAUGAUGAAGCAGUGCUCAAGGUCCAGGAGUGGAACGAGGCCUUGAAAUCCCCUUCACGUCCAUCCAAGCACCCUCACCGAGGACAACGAUCGCGUCCACCUUCGCCCAAUCGCUCCCCUACCGACAAUUCAUUUAAGCCAUCUUUACCCACGUCCACGUCUGCUGGCUUGGGUCCAUCAACGUCAGCUCCAUCGGCAUGGAAACUGGGAUCUGCUCCCAAAGCCAAUGUAAUAGGCUUAGUGGAAAAGAUUCAGCCUUUGGUCCUGCAGCCACCGGAAGUACAGACUGACAACUGGGAUGAUGAUUUCUUAGAAGAGAUAUCUUUCACCAAGUUGCAAGCCCUGGAGCGGACCCCGCCCGACGAUGAUAAAACUGAGACGGAGGACAAUGCGCAGACUAUUCGGCCAAAUCGAAGUCCUGGCACCAGCGCCAUACCUUUGGCAAAAGCACCCGCAUCGGAAAUGAACCCCAUAGUGGAAGACUAUUCUGACCUGGCGGAAGAGAACGAGUUGGAGAGUAAGGUCGCCGAUUUCAAGAUGAAGAACUCUUUCCGCAAAGGCCUCUUUCACCCAGACGACAUCAAGACUUUUGCUUUAUCUAAUUCCGUUCCUGCGCCACCAAAGUCCGCGCCAGAAUUAGCAAGGAAAGCCUCACGUUCUUCUCUUAGUCCCAUCAGGUUUCCAUCUGCUCCUCCCCCGGGACCUCCUUCCGGCACCAUGCGAAGCUCUCAUUCACGUUCGUCGUCGUUUGUUGGGACUAUUGGGAGCAGCGGGGGCUCGUUUGGUCGCGCGGAAGCAAAGCGGGCUCAGAGCACAUCAGAAUUUGAUAAGUAUACGGAGGGGGACGAUGAAGAUUAUGAAGAUGUCUUUGGAAAGCCAAAUGGAAACACAUCUGAACAACCCAUGCAAGCAUUACAGCUAAAUACAAGACUAUCCAACAAAUCAUGGUUAGGAUAUGAGGAUUCAGAUGAGGAGGACCCAUUCUCUGAGAUUGAUGAGGGCUUUGCAGAGGAUGACCUGGAAGCGAACCUGCAGAGAGACAAAUAUGCUCGACUGUGCACCCAAGUCAAUCAGCUCAUUGACGAACUUACGCCUUCCGCACCCGACUUCCAAUUGCGGGACGCUUGCGACCAGCUGCUUGGAAUAAUGGCCGAUACCCCGGAGAUGCAAGUCCAGCUGGUGUCAUCACAUGGAAUGCUUGCCAUUUUGGAGGUCCUCGAGGGCAAGUGCUCGCGAGACGUCAACAUGAAGUUACUGCAGAUUGUUAAUCUGCUUGUGACCGCGGAUUUGGGCUUUCUUGAGAGCUUCUGUUUGAUAGGUGGGAUACCAGUCAUGAUGGGUUUUACUUCCAAAAGGUAUCCGUCCGAGUGCCGGUUGGAGGCCUCGAAUUUCAUUAGACUGUUGUGUCAUACAUCGGUUCUGACCCUACAGAUGUUCAUCUCCUGUCGAGGUCUAAAGGUGCUCGUAGAUCUGCUCGACGAAGAUUACGCUGAGCAAACCGAGCUCGUCGUCCACGCCCUUAACGGGAUCGGAAGCGUGUUUGAGCUACAAAGUCCCACAACGAAGAACGAUUUCUGCCGAAUGUUCAUUCGAGAAGGGCUUCUCGACCCUCUUUCAUCAGCACUCCUUAACGUAAUGGCCAACCGGGGAACGCCGUCUACGGAUAUGAAGAUGAAGAUAAUACAGAUUCUAUUGGUAUUUUCACAGGUUUCACAAUCGGACAUUCACGUCCGAAAUGCAUUGGGUACGAGGAAGGUCAUACGCCGACUUCUACGUGCGUGCGAACUGUUGGAGCCAGAAUGUCUCGUGUUGAUGCUGAAGGCUGUGAAACACCUCUCGAUGAACUCUACGCUCCUAGAUGUGUUGCAGAAUGCCAACGCCAUUGAGAUCCUAGUUCGCAUUUUAGAUGAACAAUCAUCAGGUCCUCACAGUACGGAAAUGUCCAAUCAUAUCUUCCAGACCUGCUUCAAUCUGUGCCGUCUGAACAAAUCGCGUCAAGAGGAGGCGGCGCAAGCUGGAAUCAUCCCUUGUCUCAAACGAGUUAUCCAGACGAGUUCGCCGCUGAAGCAGUUCGCAUUGCCUAUUUUGUGCGAUCUAGCCAGCGCCGGGAAGAGUUGCCGAACGUAUCUGUGGCAGCAAGAUGGCCCUACGAUGUAUUUAAAGCUACUCGAAGAUCCUUAUUUCCAGGUUAGCGCCUUGGAAUCUAUCUUGUCUUGGCUACAAGAUGAAACUGCACGAGUCGAAGACGAACUCAUGAAACCGGAGUCUAUAAACUCCUUACUCCAAUGCUUUGUUUCUGCCAAAGCAAAUUCGUUCGAGAAUCUUCUUGAUCCUUUCUUGAAGAUGACACGUCUCUCCACGCCUAUCACUAUCGCGAUGACCAAGUCAUCAGCCUUCUUCAAGCGGAUCAUCGACCGGCUGGCACACAACACGAAAGCUGUUGUGCGGCUGAACCUCCUUCGCAUAUUGCGAACAGUCUGUGAAGUCCACCCCAAUCGCGCCGUUCUCGUCGAAAGGUACGGGCUCCUGGGCAUCGUAGAAAAUCUCAGCCAAAGCGGUGGAGAUGGAGCCGUACUUGUUCGAGAAUUGGCGAGAGAGAUUGUCCCUGUUCUAAGGCCAGGGCUAAAGCCUGUGGCGAAAAGCACUGGAUCCGAGUCUCCGAGGACCGUCGCUCCCAAAAAGACGAGAAGAACAGCGUCUGAAAUCUCGGCAACUGUGUACGGACAGGGGCUUGUAGGAAGUACGUCCGGCACCAUGCGAUUUGGUGUGCCACGUCCAAGUACGAACAAGUCAGCCCGGGAUCGAAUGAGGUUGAAUGAGAUCCCGUGGCAGACAGACAGCGGCUCUGGAAGCCAGCUUUGAAGUAUGCUUGUAUUACACUCUUUUUUUCCUAUCCCUCUGCUAUAUCGUCGCAUGGUUUUCAUUCUUUAUUUGGGUAUCUGCAUCGUAUACGUACUUGACCUCUCAUUAGCAUUUUUAUUGAACACUCUCAUUGCAUAUGGUAUUGAUAUUAUUAUCAGAUAGUCUAAUACUGUGGAAACUGUAAGUUGUGCGUGAGACGACAUGAACUGGAUACUUACCAGCGCUUCCUUUACUGCCGGAUAGUACGAAUGAAUGGUAUUUGG